AUGCAGAUUUUUGUGAAGACCCUGACGGGCAAGACUAUCACCCUCGAGGUGGAGCCCAGCGACACUAUUGAGAACGUCAAGGCGAAAAUCCAGGAUAAGGAAGGUGAGAGUGGUUGAAUCUCUUGGGGAUGCCAGAGCGCCCAAGGGACUGAUGCUUUUUCAGAGCGUUGGGCUUGCAAAGGGGCCUGCAAAAGAUUCAGUGAAAAGCAAGAUCGUCUCUGCCCACAGGCAGAAAAAACGUGCUGCAGGAGGGCAAAGGGGGAGAAUUCGAACUCGGGCACUAAUUCUUAAAAUUCUUCUUGUCUCAUAAUAACCAGCUAGUUCAGGGGAGGAGAAGGAGAGCUGAUGGAGUGAGGAGAGCUUGGGGUUUUUUUGGGGGGGGGGCAUUUUAUAAAGUAAAGGUAAAGGGACCCCUGACCAUUAGGUCCAGUCUUUAUAGAGUAGUUCAGAUAUAUUAAUAUAAUUUGUCAGCACGCAUAGGUCAGGGCAAUCCCAGCUUCUCAUACCAAGUGGGGCCACAAAACUACAGUGGUACCUCAGAAGUCAAACGGAAUCCGUUCCAGAAGUCUGUUCCACUUACAAAACGUUCGGAAACCAAGGCGCUGCUUCCUGAUUGGCUGCAGGGAAACCCCCUGAGGCCAAUCAGAAGCUGCGUCUGGCGUUCGGGUUGCAAAGAACGUUCGCAAACUGGAACGCUCACUUCUGGGUUUGUGGAGUUUAGGAUCCAAGGUACGACUCUACUGUGACCCAGAAAACCGUGGGCCACAAACUGAAUAAAUUUCCUUAUCAUAAAGCGUUCACAAUGUACUUAAUGUACCAAAUAAUUAAUAUAUCUAUUUAAUUGUGUAUAAUUAAACACACAAUUGAUAGAUUUAAUAUACUUAGUUGCUAAGCGAAUUGAAUACACAAACAGAGCUGUGCGAUUUUGUUACCCACGCAUGACACAGAAAAUCAUCUUAGUUACCUAUUAUUAUAUCAUAUUAUAAAAACAUAAUUAUUAUCUCCCUCCCCCCUUGAAUGUUCCUGAGGGCUGCCGAAAAGUCCACCCAGAUAUAGAUAGCUAGGUAUAGUAAAGUUUAAAAGGAGUGUGUAUGUGUGUGUGCAAUUAGAACAGCAGGCAAGAAUUUUAUAAAAUGAUAAACUAAACUAUAAAGCAGGCAUGCAGAAUGAGGACAGUGGCACAUGGGUUAAAAUAACAAAGCACUGGUAAAAUACUGUUAGCACGCAGGAAUAUAUUCCUGUACUGCGUUGCUGCUUCAGAACCAUGAGGACUAGAAUCUCGCUUUGUUGAUAUAGAGGAAGAGCCUGAAACCUCGGGGAGUCUCUGCCAGCCAGUGUAGCCAAUCCUGGGCCGGUGGGUCUGACUCUGCUAGGGCUCUCCCGCAGGCGGGAUUUUCAUAACAUCUCCUUUUGCAGGUAUCCCUCCCGAUCAGCAGCGCCUGAUCUUCGCGGGGAAGCAGCUGGAAGACGGCCGCACGCUCUCCGACUACAACAUCCAGAAAGGUACGCAUCUGCGGCGGAGAAUACCCCACCCCACCCCGGCCCCCUUCUGCCACACAAGACGGCAGUCUCUUUUUAUUAUUAUUAUUUAUUUUUUUAUUUCCAAAAAUGAAAAAUUACAAACAUCACAGUCAACAUCCAUAUUCAUUUUCUAACGUGAACCUAUUACAUAAUUAACUAAAUUAAAAUAUACCUAAUUGCGCUAAACCUCUCUUUUCUGUAUACAAAUACAACACAGUUAGAAAUUUUAUAUUAAAGCUUUUAGAUUAUAAAUAAUACUUCAAAUUCCCCUAUACCCCCUGUUCCCCUUCACCCAUGUGUGAUCUCAUUUUGUUUUUUACUUUUUCCGUCUUGUUGUGUCUCAUUUUGCUCCUUUCUGCCUAAUUCCUGACGUCCCCCAUAACUGGCGACUCUGAUUUAGAAUUCCUGGAGUCCCUGUGAAGCUGGGUUUCCAGGCUGGCUGCUCCCGGUCUCCCCUCCCCCCCCCCAAAAAAAACCCACACCCUGAAACACCAGUAUAGGAGCUGCUAAUUUUGCUUUUCCCCCUUCCCCUGCUCAGAGUCUACUCUCCACCUGGUUCUUCGUCUCCGCGGGGGGAUCAUCGAGCCCUCUCUCCGCCAGCUGGCCCAGAAAUACAACUGCGACAAGAUGAUUUGCCGCAAGUAAGUUGUCUGGGCGGGUGGGUCGCUUGCCGGGACGGAUCCUUAUCCUCUAAUCCGGAGCCUCACUGUUUCUGCGCUGUUCCCCUUCCAGGUGUUAUGCCCGCUUGCACCCCCGUGCCGUCAACUGCCGCAAGAAAAAGUGCGGCCACACCAAUAACCUUCGCCCCAAGAAGAAGGUCAAGUAAACAGAGUGAGAGACACAGAGCACGCCACGGGGCAUCUCUUCUGCCCCCGCAUCCCUCCCAAAACCUGCGUAUCGUGCUACUUUGCCGAAACGAACACCUGUUCAUUCUGGGCAUUUGGUUCUUGCCUGUUAGAAUAAAACUUCCAUUGCACCGAACAAAGAGUGUGUCUGUCUCUUAAAUGGUUUGCUUGGACCAGUUGCUGAGCCCAGAUCCUCCGCCGAUAUGAUAAUCUUUGCUGUCAUUGUCCCAUACAGAACAACGAAAUUGAAAAAUCAACAUCAGACAUUCCGAAACCAACAAGCCUGCUAUCCCAGCCUGGUUAGCCCCCUAAAAACUCUGAUACCCUAUUUUUAAAUACAAUAUACUCCCAUAGAGACUCCUUAAGGUAAAGGGACCCCUGACCAUUAGGUCCAGUCGUGGCCGACUCUGGGGUUGCGGCGCUCAUCUCGCUUUAUUGGCCGAGGGAACCGGCGUACAGCUUCCGGGUCAUGUGGCCAGCAGGACUAAGCUGCUUCUGGCGAACCAGAGCAACGCACGGAAACGCCGUUUACCUUCCCGCCGGAGUAUUACCACUAGGGAAUACAAACCUCAAAUCAAUCGAAUCUGCAACUUGUAUAUCAGAAACUCUCUAGAAACUCAAUCUUUGAAACUUGUCCGCUAGAUCUCACAUAAACUGAAUAAUUCUCCAUCUCUGAUUUUUUCAUGAACAGAUCAAGCCUUCAUCCUUCCUUGCUCUUUAAAUAUUGCAAGUGUGUUUUGCAAGAAAAUAAGAGUGUUUUAGGACAGGUACCCCCAGCCUUGGCCCUCCAGAUAUUUUGGGACUACAACUCCCAUUGUCCCUAGCUAACAGGACCAGUGGUCAGGGAUGAUGGGAGUUGUAGUCCCAAAACAUCUGGAGGGCCGUGGUUGGGGGUGCCUGUUUUAGGAGGUUUGGAGGGCCUUCAGAAUCCUAAAUGUACCUCGUGAUAUCUUUAUAAUCCUGUGCCCUCAAGCUUUGCGGGUAGAAUAAGGAGAAAAUAUUCAUGGGAGUUUGUGUUUAGGUGGGUUCCAGUUUUGCUUGCAGGAAGAAAUUUAGUUUAUGGGGGGGGGGGGGUUAAGCCAUAUAUGGGAAGUAGAGGCAGAUUGGGAGAAAGGAUUUGAUGGCAGGCAAAGAACCUUUUAUUGAGGGUGAAAGAAGAGAGUGCAAAAUAUGGUCUGAAGCUCAACAUAGAAAAAAACGAAGAUCAUGGCCACUGGUCCCAUCUCCUCCUGGCAAAUAGAAGGGGAAGAAAUGGAGGCAGUGAGAGAUUUUACUUUCUUGGGCUCCAUGAUCACUGCAGAUGGUGACAGCAGCCACGAAAUUAAAAGACGCCUGCUUCUUGGGAGUAAAGCAAUGACAAACCUAGACAGCAUCUUAAAAAGCAGAGACAUCACCUUGCCAACAAAGGUCCGUCUAGUUAAAGCUAUGGUUUUCCCAGUAGUGAUGUAUGGAAGUGAGAGCUGGACCACAAAGAAGGCUGAUGGCCGAAAAAUGGAUGCUUUUGAAUUCUGGUGCUGGAGGAGACUCUUGAGAGUCCCAUGGACUGCAAAAAGAUCCAACCUCUCCAUUCGGAAGGAAAUCAGCCCUGAGUGCUCACUGGAAGGACAGAUCCUGAAGCUGAGGCUGCAAGACUUUGGUCACCCCAUGAGAAGAGAAGACUCCCUGGAAAAGACCCUGAUGUUGGGAAAGAUGGAGGGCAAAAGGAGAAGGGGACGACAGAGGAUGAGAUGGUGGGACAGUGUUCUCAAAGCUACCAGCAUGAGUUUGACCAAACUGCGGGAGGCAGUGGAAGACAGGAGGGCCUGGUGUGCUCUGGUCCACGGGGUCACGAAGAGGCGGACACGACUAAACAACAACAAUUGUUUUGGGCUUCAGUCUUGGACCUGCUCGCCCUGUGAAGCUUCUUCCUUCCCAAACGAAUCCCGCAACUCCGUCCCCGCGUGCCAGUCUACUAGAAAAGUCUAUGUUCUUUUCCUUCCCCUCUCUCUCUCUCCCUAGGCGCCCGCAAGCGGAUGGCCAUCUCGUGACCGGCCGCGGUGGCGGAUGGGAGUUGCAGUCCCGCCUUCCGCGAGGCCCAAUGAGGGGAGCCUCUUCGAGGACUACGACUCCCAGGGGCCACCGCGGGGAAACGGAGGGCGGGGGGUAGAGCGGAGGGCGGUGUUGGAGGCCGUCCCGUGACCGGCCGCGGUGGCCGACGGGAGUUGCAGUCCCGCCUCCCGCGACGCCCUAUGAGGGGAGCCUCUUCGAGGACUACGACUCCCAGAGGCGCACCGCGGGGAAGCGGAGGAAAAGAGCGGAGGGCGGCGUUGACGGCUGUCCCGUGACCGGCCGCGGUGGCCGACGGGAGUUGCAGUCCCGCCUCCCGCGAGGCCCUAUGAGGGGAGCCUCUUCGAGGACUACGACUCCCAGAGGCGCACCGCGGGGAACCGGAGGGCCGGGGGAAAAGAGCGAAGGGCGGCGUUGGCGUCGGCGGCAGAUGCUGGCAGAGGCGUCGGCGGAGGUAACGGACCCGGAGCCGCGGCUCCCGCUUCCCGAAACGCCCUCAGGCCCGGGGACGCCGCUGAUUGGCUGGCUGGUGGGAGGGGGCGGGGCUUGCACCAGGAGCCCGGGCAAAGGGCGCGUGUUGCACGCUCGGCGCGUGUGCAAGGCGGGGGGGGGGAGCUCCGUUUGCAACGGGGGCCAUUGCUGGGCUGGUAUUGCAAUUCCUCUUUGCAGCAACAAUUUCAUUUGCUUCAGUUGAUUUUGCAAAGUGGUGCAUUGAGUUUGCUGUGCAACAGUUGGUUUGGGUAGGUAAAUAAUAUUUAUUGUUGUCCUUGUCAUUAUUACUAUUUUUAUAUUUGUACACUGCUCUGAGAGAAGCUCCUAGAAUAGUGCAAUUGUAUUGGUGAGAUUUGACUUUGCAGAAAUAAUUGCAUUUGCUGUAGUUGGUUUUGCAGAAGUGCAUUGAGUUUGCUGUGCAACAGUUGGUUUGGGUAUGUAAAUAAUAUUUAUUGUUGUCCUUGUCAUUAUUACCAUUGUUACUAUUAUUAUAUUUGUACAUCGCUCUGAGAGAAGCUCCUAGAAUAGUGCAAUUAUAUUGGUGAGAUUUGACUUUGCAGCAAUAAUUGCUUUUGCUUCAGUUGGUUUUGCAGAGUAGUGCAUUGAGUUUGCUGUGCAACAGUUGGUUUGGGGUAUGGAAAUAAUAUUUAUUAUGGUUGUCAUUAUUAUUACUCUUGUUGUUGUCAUUUUCAUUGCUACCAUUCUUAGUUGGUUUUGUAGCAGUGCAUUUGCUGUGCAACAGUUGGUUUUGCUAUGUUUUUAUAAUAUGUUUUAAUAAAUAUUUAUUAUCCUUAUCAUUGUUACUGUCAUUAUAUUUGUACAUGGCCCUGAGAGAAGCUCAUAGAAUAGUGCAAUUGUAUUGGUUAGAUUUGACUUUGCAGCAACAAUUGCAUUUGCUUUAGUUGUUUUUUUUGCAGAAUAAAUGAAAACAUUUAUUCUGGAAGCUGCCCAGAGGUGGCUGGUGCAAGCCCAUCACAUGGGUGGGGUACAAACAAACAAACACACAAACAAACAAUUAUCAUCAUCAUUUUCAUCAUUAUUAUUAUUAAGUUAUAUUUCUGCACCACCCUGAGACAAGCUCAUAAAAUAGCGCAAUUACAUUUGCUAGACUUGACUUUGCAGCAAUAUUUAUAUUUGCUUUAGUUGGUUUUUUGCUGCGGUGCAUUGUGUUUGAUAUGCAACGGUUGGUUUUGCUAGUUUUUUUAUUUGUACUUUGAACAACUAAAUAACAUUUAUUUAAGCAUCAGGUGUUUACUGUUUUUCUAAUCACCAGGCGUGAUUGUGUGUGUAUGUGUGUGUAUAUAAAUAUAUAUAUAUGUUGUUGUUUAGUUGUUUAGUCGUGUCCGCCUCUUUGUGACCCCCUGGACCAGAGCACGCCAGGCACUCCUGUCUUCCACUGCCUCCCGCAGUUUGGUCAAACUCAUGCUGGUAGCUUCGAGAACACUGUCCCACUAUCUCUGUCUCCUCUUCUCCUUGUGCCCUCCAUCUUUCCCAGCAUCAGGGUCUUUUCCAGGGAGUCUUCUCUUCUCAUGAGGUGGCCAAAGUCUUGGAGCCUCAGCUUCAGGAUCUGUCCUUCCAGUGAGCACUCAGGGCUGGUUUCCUUCAGAAUGGAGAGGUUGGAUCUUUUUGCAGUCCAUGGGACUCUCCAGAGUGUGCGGCUUGCCUGCAAACCAAUGGUGGAGUUUGCUCUCUUGGUUAUCUUGAAUCUGGGUUCGCCGUCGUGGAAAAGCUGUUGCAAGAAGGGUUGAUUCAGAGGGGGCGGAGAGUUAAUUUUAUCCUUACGGGUGUGACAUCUGCUGCUGAAAUUUCUUUAAAGCUUCCCGUUUUCAAACAGCCUUUUCUGUCUUGUAUGAACAUACAGUGGUCCCUUGGUUCUCAAACGCCUUGGUACUGAAACAACUUGGAACCCAAACUCUGCAAACCCGGAAGGAAGUGUUCCGGUUUGCGAACUUUUUUCGGAUAGUGAACGUGCUCCGUUUUGAGUGCCACGCUUCCGUUUUGUGUGUUACGCUGAGGUCUGCCUGUUUUUGCUAUUUAUUUUGCAUUUUUGUUUUGGCGGCUCUUUUUUGUUUUGUUUUUGUGACACUGUGGAACCCAGUUCAGCUACUGAUUGAUUGAUUGAUUGUGUGACGGCAGUACAUUGUUUAUUGCUUUCAUUUUAUGGCUCAAUGGUCUUGUUAGAUAGUAAAACUCAUGUUAAAUUGCUUGUUCUAGGGGUUGUUUUUAAAAGUCUGGAAAGGAUUAAUCCGUUUUGCAUUACUUUCUAUGGGAAAGCGCGCCUUGGUUUGGUUUUGGAACGGACUUCUGGAACGGAUUGAGUUUGAGAACCAAGGUGCAUAUAUAUAUAUAUAUAUAUAUAUAUAUAUAUAUAUAUAUGGGGUAUGCUUCCUCAAGGACCCUCCAGAGAGUCAAAAGGGGAAAGGAAUAAACACACACAAACAAAACAUAAAUGGUAGAAUGCACGAGAGGAGAGGUUUUUGCCUCAUUCAUUUUGCAGGUGGAGGUCCCGGUGCUUUUCAGAGCCAGUCCUCUCCAUUGGUUUACUCAGACGCAAGUCCCACUGUGUCCGACUUGAAUUGAGAAUCCUGGGAACUGUAGUUUGAAGGUGCUGGGACUUGUAGCUCUGGGAGGUCGGCACUUUUGAGCUACAGUUCCCACGGGGAGCCACGGCUGUCAGAGUGGUAUGAAGAGUCCUUGUCUCGUCGGAACGGUGGUUUUCCGAGGGCACAAACCUCCCAGAGCUACAGUUCCUUCCCAGCACCCUUGAACUACAGUUCCCACGGUUCUCUGUGGCUGUUUAAAGUAGCCGAAUCCUGGUAAUUGUCGCUUGUAAAGGAAGCUGUGAGUCCUGGCACCUUUAAGCUGCAGUUCUGUUUAUAAGAGUCAUUUAAACUGCAAUUAAUCCAGAAUGCGGCAGCUAGACUGGUGACUGGGAGCGGCCGCCGGGACCACAUAACACCGGUCCUGAGAGAUCUGCGUUGGCUCCCAGUACGUUUCCGAGCACAAUUCAAAGUGUUGGUGCUGACCUUGAAAGCCCUAAAUGGUCCAGUAUCCCUGAAGGAGCGUCUCCACCCCCAUCGUUCAGCCCGGACACCUGGGUCCAUCUUCCGAGGGCCUUCUGGUGGUUCCCUCCCUGUGAGAAGCGAGGUUACAGGGAACCAGACAGAGGGCCUUCUUGGUAGUGGUGCCAGCCCUGUGGAACGCCCUCCCGUCAGAUGUCAAGGAAAUAAGCAGCUAUCUUCUUUUUAAAAGACAUCUGAAGGCAGCCCUGUUUAGGGAAGUUUUUAAUAUUGUUUUUGACACUUGAUUGGAAGCCUCCCAGAGCGGCUGGGGAAACUCAGCCGGAUGGGUGGGGUAUAAUAAAUAAAUUAUUAUUAUUAUUAUUAUUAUUAUUAUUAAAACACACGGCGUGGGGUUGACCAAUUUAAGAAGUCGGCCUAGCCUGCCUAAAUCAAUUUAAAAUAUAGCAAAAAUAAAGUAGUCCUUUUAAAACAGAUUUAACUGAAAUGGCAUUCCCUGAUCAGGCCGUUCUCCGGGAACGUGAUGGGUGUUGCCUUGGCUUUCGUGACCUCGGCAAGGGAUGUUUUUCAUUCAUCCGAGAAGGCAGGAAACUAGGAUAUCUCGAAUAGACCUUUCCUUUCCCUUUUUAAGCAGAAAAACAGUUGGUGUGGGAAGACUAUGCUUGGCAGCUAAAUCGGCGAGCGGUUUACGCAGGGGUACAGGGGAGCGUCAGUGCGGGGCUGCCUUGGGGUCAUUGUGGACCCCCAGAGUCUCCACCUCUACCUCUCUUUUAAAUCAGAACCAGUGAAGGCGGUGAAGGUCCUGUGUGAGGGUCUGGAGGCAGUUGGAGGAUGGAUGGCGGCUAACAGUUUGAGGUUGAAUCCUGACAAGACACAAGGACUGUUUUUGGGGGACAGGAGGCGGACGGGUGUGGAGGACUCCCUGGUCCUGAAUGGGGUCACUGUGCCCCCAAAGGACCAGGUGCGCAGCCUGGGGUCAUUCUGGACUCACAGCUGUCCAUGGAGGCGCAGGUCAAUUCUGUGUCCAGGGCAGCUCCAUCUGGUACGCAGGAUGAGACCAUAUCUGCCUGCGGCCUGUCUGGCCAGAGUGGUGCAUGCUCUGGUUAUCUCCCGCUUGGACUACUGCAAUGCGCUCUAUGUGGGGCGACCUUUGAAGGUGACCCAGAAACUGCAACUAAUCCAGAAUGCGGCAGCCAGACUGGGGACUGGGAGCGGCCGCUGGGACCACAUAACACCAGUCCUGAAAGACCUACAUUGGCUCCCAGUACGUUUCCGAGCACAAUUCAAAGUGUUGGUGCUGACCUUGAAAGCCCUAAACGGCCUCGGUCCAGUAUACCUGAAGGAGCGUCUCCACCCCCAUCGUUCUGCCUGGACACUGAGGUCCAGCUCCGAGGGCCUUCUGGCGGUUCCCUCGCUGCAAGAAGCCAAGUUACAGGGAACCAGGCAGAGGGCCUUCUCGGUGGUGGCGCCCGCCCUGUGGAACGCCCUCCCGCCAGAUGUCAAGGAAAUAAACAACUAUCUCACUUUUAGAAGACAUCUGAAGGCAGCCCUGUUUAGGGAAGCUUUUAAUGUUUGAUGUAUUACAGUAUUUUAAUAUUUUGUUGGAAGCUGCCCAGAGUGGCUGGGGAAGCCCAGCAAGAUGGGCGGGGUAUAAAUAAGAAAUUAUUAUUCUUAUUAUCCGAAAUGUCCAGCCCACCGAAUUCGUACUGCAAUAGCUGUGCAGCUGUCUUAAAACAGCCUUCUCCUGUGUAGGAAUCCCCAAACGUUGGAGGGUGGCAAAUUUGAGAUACAUUCCCUUACCGCAUGGAAAAGAUAGGGGGAUGAAUUUGUUUGGGAGAGCCAUUCAUUCCUAAGAAGGGAAUACGACUUUGUAGACGGUGUUGUCGUCAUUCGUCCGUCCCUCCCAUUAGAGGAAUGCCUCUACAGUGGUACUUCAGGUUACAUACGCUUCAGGUUACACACUCCGCCAACCCAGAAAUAGUGCUUCAGGUUAAGAACUUUGCUUCAGGAUAAGAACAGAAAUCGGGCUCUGGUGGCGUGGCAGCAGCAGGAGGCCCCAUUAGCUAAAGUUGUGCUUCAGUUUAAGAACAGUUUCAGGUUAAGAACGGACCUCCGGAACGGAUUAAGUACUUAACCUGAGGUACCACUGUCUUCAAAAUAAUAGAAUAUUCUCUGCGAUUUGGGGUUUUUAUGCAAGGAUUCAGCCCUCACACCCUCUAGCAGAGCUGCCUCUGUUUGCUUGGCAAAAAAUUAAAAAUUAAAAAAUGGCUGCUUCUGAGCAGAGAUGGAGACACACACACAAGACUCUUUGUAUUACUCUCCCUGCGUGCUUUUUGGAAAAAGGCUCCCAGCACAAAAGGGUCUUCUGUCUGCCCGGAUGAAAGGAGGAGGCUGUGGCUGGUUUCUGCGGAGUGUGGCUGCGUUAACCCGCUGCGUAUCAGAGUUUAAAGGCAAAGGCACCCCUGACCAUUAGGUCCAGUCGGGCCGACUCUGGGGUUGCGGCGCUCAUCUCGCUUUACUGGCCGACGGAGCCAGCGUACAGCUUCUGGGUCAUGUGGCCAGCAGGACUGAGCUGCUUCUGGCGAACCAGAGCAGCGCACGGAAACGCCGUUUACCUUCCCGCCAGAGCGGUACCUAUUGAUCUACUUGCACUUUGAGGUGCUUUCGAACUGCUAGGUUGGCAGGAGCAGGGACUGAGCAACGGGAGCUCACCCCGUCAUUGCGGGGAUUCGAACUGCCGACCUUCUGAUCGGCAAGCCCUAGGCUCUGUGGUUUAACCCACAGCGCCACCCGUGUCCCAUGUAUCGGAGUUUACAGGUGGGCAAAUUGGGGAGGACCCAGUUACCGAAGACCCUCUUUCCGCAACCUGUUCCACUGCCAAACAAUAGGAAGUUACAGUGGUACCUCAGGUUACAUACGCUUCAGGUUACAGACUCCACUAACCCAGAAAUAGUACCUUGGGUUAAGAACUUUGCUUCGGGAUGAGAACAGAAAUCGUGCAGCGGCAGCAGGAGGCCCCAUUAGCUAAAGCGGUGCUUCAGGUUAAGAACAGUUUCAGGUUAAGAACGGACCUCCAGAACGAAUUAAGUUCUUAACCCGAGGUACCACUGUAUUCCUAUUGUUCAGUCGGAAUCUCUUUUCUUCUAACUUGUCUGGAUCAAGGGGAGUCACAGUCUUGGCGCUAUUCCGCCUUGGUCAGACCACACCUGGAGUCCUGUGUCCAGUUCUGGGCACCACAAUUUAAAGUAGGAUGUUGACCGGCCGGAAGUUGUGCAGAAAGAAGGUUCUGGAAACCAAGCCUGAUGAGGAACGGUCGAAGGAGCUGGUUACGUUUAGCCUGGAAAAGAGGAGACUGAGAGGAGAUAGGAGAGCCCUCUUCCAAUAUCCAAAGGGCUGUCACAUGGCUUGUUUUCUCCUGCUCUGGAGGGCAGGACUCGAACCCGUGGCUUCAGGUGACAAGAGAGGAGAUUCUGACUCAACGUCAGGAACAACUUUCUGACAGUGGGAGCUGUUAGUCCGUGGGAUGGAAGGCAGCGAUCUCUCCAUCCUUGGAGGUUUUCAAGCAGAGGUUGGACAGCCAUCUGUCAUGGAUGCUUUAGUCGAGAUUCCUGCAUUGUAUGGGGUUGGACUGGAUGACCUUUGGGGUCCCUCCGAAUUGCAAAAUUCUGUGAUAUUUCUUGACUUUAGAUCAUGGGUAGGCAAACUAAGGCCUGGGGGACUGAUCCAGCCUAAUCGCCUUCUAAAUCCGGCCCACAGACGGUCCGGAAAUUAGUGUGUUAUUACGUGAGUAGAAUGUGUCAUUUUAUUUAAAAUGCAUCUCUGGGUUAUUUGUGGGGCACAGGAAUUCGUUCCUUCCCCCCCAAAUAUAGUCCGGCCCCCCACAAGGUCUGAGGGAUAGUGGACCGGCCCCCUGCUGAAAAAGUUUGCUGACCCCUGCUUUAAAUCACCUGCGUUGCUAGGUACCGUAUUUUUCGCUCUAUAACACGCACCCGGCCAUAACACGCACGUAGUUUUUAGAGGAGGAAAAUCCGUAGGCAUGCCACCCAUAGGCAUUCCCUCCAUAACACGCACAAACAUUUCCCCUUACUUUCUAGGAGGAAAAAAGUGAGUGUUAUGGUGCAAAAAAUACGGUAUUUGGUUCGGGGGUCGUUGAAACGCUGCGUUGCUGUUUUGUUUCUUUGCUGAGUUAGCUUGCUUUCCGUUUAGGUGGGCGUCCUCUGCCCCAAGGAAACGAGAAAUGUCCUGGUGAGGCUCAGAAUUUUUGUCUUUUCUCCCGUAGGGUCGACUCUGACUUGAAAACCGCCCCGUGGGAAACACCCGAAGGACAAAAUGGCAGGUAAUGAUAUUCACUUUAUGGUCCAGCUCUCACUUCCAUACAUAAGAUAAUAGCUGAUGCCAAGUAGAAAUUAUUGAGCCAAACUUGCUUCCAGUUCCUCAGGUAAUCAACUGGUUUCUAAUUGUGACCGAGGUCUCGGCGUCUUUGCACAGGGAGUGUUUUAGUCCCAUUUGCUAAUAAGCCUCUUUUCAAUAUUUAUUAUUGGGAGCAGUUGUCGAGUCUCGCUCAAAGUAAAGUUGUGAGCCUUGUGAGGCUAUAAGGUAAAGGGACCCCUGACCAUUAGGUCCAGUCGUGGCCGACUCUGGGGUUGCGGCGCUCAUCUCGCUUUACUGGCCGAGGGAGCCGGCGUACAGCUUCCGGGUCAUGUGGCCAGCAGGACGAAGCCGCUUCUGGCGAACCAGAGCAGCGCACGGAAACGCCAUUUACCUUCCCGCCGGAGCGGUACCUAUUUAUCUACUUGCACUUUGACGUGCUUUCGAACUGCUAGGUGGGCAGGAGCAGGGACUGAGCAACGGGAGCUCACCCCGUCAUUGCGGGGAUUCGAACUGCCGACCUUCUGAUCGGCAAGUCCUAGGCUCUGUGGUUUAACCCACAGCGACUCAUUAAUAAUGCCUCUCAUUCAGGGGGGGCUGGAAGAGAGCUCAGCUUUUCCUUUCCUGCAACUUCCUGCAACCUCACGGCGGAGGUUGUUAGUCCGAUAAAAUAGAGCAUAGAUCGCAGCUUUGAGAAGAGCUGUAAUAAAGCAUUGAAAGGUAGAACGGGGAGGCAGAUAAACUGGUGCCAAGAAAUAGAUUGGGAGCGCAAAUCUUGCCUUCAGUUAGGGAGUAUCCGGAUUCACCAUGUCUCCGGAACCGGUUCCUAUCUGUUUUCAGGGAUUUUUGAGUCGCCGGCUUAACCUUCCGGCGGCAAAAGCGACGUUUCGCAAACCCCAAAACCUCUUUUCCCGACUUUGGUUUUUCUCGUUCCUUUCCCAGAGAAAGUCAACAACUUCCCUCCGCUUCCCAAAUUCAUCCCGCUGAAGCCGUGCUUCUACCAGAACUUUGCCGACGAGAUUCCCAUCGAUCAUCAGACGCUGGUGAGACGGAUCUAUCACUUAUGGAUCUGUAAGUUUCCCCCGGGGGGGAAAAACGACAUUCAGGGUGGAUAAAAAGCAAUGUGUUUUUUUUUAAAGUACCGUAUUUUUCGCUCUAUAAGACGCACCAGACCACAAGACGCACCUAGUUUUUGGAGGAGGAAAACAAGAAAAAAUAAUAUUCUGAAUCUCAGAAGCCAGAACAGCAAGAGGGAUCGCUGCGCAGUGAAAGCAGCAAUCCCUCUUGCUGUUCUGGCUUCUGGGAUAGCUGCGCAGCCUGCAUUCGCUCCAUAAGACGCACACACAUUUCCCCUUACUUUUUCGGAGGGAAAAAUUGAGUCUUAUAGAGCAAAAAAUACGGUAAAUAAAAAAAUGGGAUUUUUAAAAAUUUAGAUCGGGAUUUUAAAAAUAAAACGCUUUUGAAGGAAAAAUCUUUCUAAAGGUAGUUUUCAAUUAAAGUUACAUGACUUUUGUCUUCUGGGUUUCUGGGGGGUUUUCCUGUUAAUAAUAAUUUAUAAUAAUAAUAAUAAUUUAUUAUUUAUACGCCGCCCAUCUGGCUGAGUUUCCCCAGCCACUCUGGGCGGCUUCCAAUCAAGUGUUAAAAACAAUACAGCGUUAAAUAUUAAAAACUUCCCUAAACAGGGCUGCCUUCAGAUGUCUUUUAAAGAUAGGAUAGCUGCUUAUUUCCUUCACAUCUGAAGGGAGGGUGUUCCACAGGGCGGGCGCCACCACCAAGAAGGCCCUCUAUUGUUAUUCUGUCUCUCACAGCUGCAAUAAACCUACCGUUAAAAUUGGGGACUGGUCAUUUCUUCGUCAGAGGGCAAACGGGCAAAUUUAGCAGGGGAUCAAAUACUCUCCCCCCCCCUCGCUGUAUUAAAAUAAAAUGCGAAAUCAGGGAGAGUCAGAAAACCCAUUAGUCGAGGUUGACAGAAGUCCUAGGCUGUGGUAGCCAAAGGUUUGUUAUGUUGUAUAAGAUGGGAUGUUAUGUUUGGAAAACAUGUGCAAAAACCUAUAAAAAUUAUAUAUAUACAGUGGUACCUCGGGUUAAGUACUUAAUUCGUUCCGGAGGUCCGUUCUUAACCUGAAACUGUUCUUAACCUGAAGCACCACUUUAGCUAAUGGGGCCUCCCGCUGCUGCCACACGAUUUCCGUUCUCAUCCUGAAGCAAAGUUCUUAACCUAAAGCACUAUUUCUGGGUUAGCGGAGUCUGUAACCUGAAGCGUAUGUAACCCGAGGUACCACUGUAUUUAGAAAGCCUACAGAAUGGAGGGGGCAUUUAGACAAGGGCCAGACUUUGAAUGGCAUAAAAGGCCUUAUUUAAAACAACAACAAUUGACUUUUUAUUUCUGUUCUUUGUAUAUCGUAUUGUUGUUUUAUUGCUAUGGUCAACGGCUGACGCAAAUCAAGAUUCAUUCAUUCAUUACAGUGGUACCUCGGGUUAAGUACUUAAUUUGUUCCGGAGGUCCAUUCUUAACCUGAAACUGUUCUUAACCUGAAGCACCACUUUAGCUAAUGGGGCCUCCCGCUGCUGCCACACGAUUUCUGUUCUCAUCCUGAAGCAAAGUUCUUAACCUGAAGCACUAUUUCUGGGUUAGCGGAGUCUGUAACCUGAAGCGUAUGUAACCCGAGGUACCACUGUAUAUAAAAUAGAAAAAGGAAUUUGCAGCUGUGUCCCUUAAGGGAGUCGAACCCGCAACCGUGGCGUUAAAUCUGCGCCACGCCCAGCCAACUGAGCUAUCCAAACCCAUUUCUGUCGCCUUAGGACAUUUCUUUCCCUUUUUUUCUCUCUCCCGUCUUCUACAGUCUAUUGCAUCACCUUGGGCGUCAAUCUCAUCGCCUGCCUGGCCUGGUGGAUCGCCGGCGGUUCCGGGGCCAACUUCGGCUUGGCGCUCCUCUGGCUGCUCGCUUUCAGCCCCUGCGGUUACGUCUGCUGGUUCCGGCCGGUCUACAAAGCCUUUAGGUAAAUGGCCCGUCCAUCGGCAUUUAAGGUAAAGGUAAAGGGACCCCUGACCAUUAGGUCCAGUCGUGGCCGACUCUGGGGUUGUGGCGCUCAUCUCGCUUUACUGGCCGAGGGAGCCGGCGUACAGCUUCUGGGUCAUGUGGCCAGCAGGACUAAGCCGCUUCUGGCAAACCAGAGCAGCGCACGGGAACGCCGUUUACCUUCCCGCCGGAGCAGUACCUAUUGAUCUACUUGCACUUUGACGUGCUUUCGAACUGCUAGGUUGGCAGGAGCAUGGACCGAGCAACGGGAGCUCACCCCGUCAUUGCGGGGAUUUGAACCGCCGACCUUCUGAUCGGCAAGUCCUAGGCUCUGUGGUUUAACCCACAGCGCCACCUGCGUCCCUCCACCUGCAUUUAUCUCCUCCUUAUGUUGCUAAGAGCCCUGUGGGUGGGCUCCUUUUGUUGUCUUUUAAAAACCUCUCUGCAAGGAGAAAUCUAGUCCAUCAAGAAACUGGCUCCGCAAGUGCUGCCUUUCUCCUUGCGGCGUUCAGAAGCAGCGUCUUCCGCACUCGCUGCCUUACAAAACCGCAAUAAAACAUCAAACUUUAAGUAAUAAUAUUUAUUAUUCUUUUAUAUUAUUUAUACCCCGCCCAUCCGGCUAGGAUGCAGCCUUUCUGAACUGCCGGAGAGAACGUUUACCGUAUUUUUCACUCUAUAAGACGCACCAGACCACAAGACGCACCUAGUUUUUGGAGGAGGAAAACAAGAACAAAAAUAUUCUGAAUCUCAGAAGCCAGAACAGCAAGAGGGAUUGCUGCGCAGUGAAAGCAGCAAUCCCUCUUGCUGUUCUGGCUUCUGGGAUAGCUGCGCAGCCUGCAUUCGCUCCAUAAGACGCACACACAUUUCCCCUUACUUUUUAGGAGGAAAAAAGGGAGUCUUAUAGAGCAAAAAAUACGGUAAUUUUUUUAUUUCUGUCUAUUUGCAUUUCUAUUACAUUUCAAAAUUCUUACAUAUUCGGGGGGGGGGGGGACGUAGGACUUCCCUUCCUCUCUUUCCUCUUAUUUCCCCCUUCCCAAACCUUUAUUUUCUCCUCUCCUGAUCUCUUAAUUCUAACUUACCUUCGAACUAAACUCACAGCCUAAUAAACCAAUUAUUAGCUGGCUUCCGUUCUUGUUUUUUGCUAUAUCCAACAAAUUGUGAAGUCACAAUAAAACAUCAAACUCUUAACAACAACAGCAGCAAAUUUUUUAUUAUUUAUACCCUAACCAACAACAAUUUUAUUUUUUAUACCCCACCCACCUGGCUGGGCUUCCCCAGCCACUCUGGGCAGCUCCCAACAGACUAUUAAAAAUACAAUAAAAUAUCCAACAUUAAAAACUUCUCUAAGCAGGGCUGCCUUCAGAUGUCUUCUAAAAGUCCAAUCGUUAUCUCCUUGACAUCUGGCGGGAAGGCGUUCCACAGGACGGGUGCCACCACCGAGAAGGCCCUCUCUCUGCAAUGUUUUCGUCCAUUUGAAGACUCCUGGCCUGCGCUGAAUCCUCUCUCUUUUCCACUUCCUCCCACAGGUCGGACAGCUCUUUUAACUUCAUGGCUUUCUUCUUUGUCUUCGGAGCCCAGUUCGUCCUGACCGUCAUUCAAGCCGUCGGCAUCGGCGGCUGGGGAGCGUGGUAAGUUUAUUCGUUUCUGAAAAGAUUGAGGAUACACAGCCGUACUUUGGAAGUCGGACGGCCGAGUUCCCGGACGUUUUGGCUCCCGGACGUCGCAAACCCGGAAGUGAGUGUUCCGGUUUGCGAACCAUUUUUGGAAGCCGAACGUCCGGCGCGGCUUCCGAUUCGCUGCCGGAGCUUCCUGCAGCCAAUCGGAAGCCCCGCCAGAUGUUCGGGUUCUAAAGAACAUUCACAAACUGGAACACUUACUUCCGGUUUGCGCUGUUCAGGAGCCAAAACGUCUGAGUACCAAGGUGUUCGGAAUCCGAGGUAUGAAUCGUCAGAACCCAACUCCCACGUGCUCUGGCUCUCACAAGAUCUCCUGGGGCCGCACGAAUCCCCGCGAGAUCUCUCACGGGAGCACCCCAGACCCGUCGAGAGAAAGAGGGCCUUGCUUCCCCAAGCAAGGUCCUCUCCUCGCGUCGCAUUGAAGUUGUGGGAUGCCGGCUGGCCGGACUUCGACAAUGCACAGUUGAAAAUCAGUGUGUUUCAAGCAGACAUUUCCCAAUCGAUCCUCAUAUGUGUGGUGGAAACAUAAUAAUAAUAAUUUAUUAUUUAUACCCCGCCUAUCUGGCUGAGCUUCCCCAGCUACUCUGGGCGGUUCCCAAUCAAGUGUUAAAAACAAUACAGCAUUAAACAUUAAAAACUUCCCUAAACAGGGCUGCCUUCAGAUGUCUUUUAAAGAGAAGAUAGCUGCUUAUUUCCUUGACAUCUGAUGGGAGGGCGUUUCACAGGGCGGGCGCCACCACCGAGAAGGCCCUCUGCCUGGUUUCCUGCAACCUCACUUCUCGCAGGGAGGGAACCGGCAAAAGACCCUCGGGAGAUGGACCCCGGUGUCUGGGCUGGACCUCGGUGGGGGUGGAGAUGCUCCUUCAGGGAUACUGGGCUGUAUAGGUCUUUGAAGGUCAGCUCCAGCCCUUUGAAUUGUGCUCGGAAACGUCCUGGGAGCCAAUGCAGAUCUCUCAGGACCGGUGUUAUGUGGUCCCGGCGGCCGCUCCCCAGUCUAGCUGCCGCAUUCUGGAACAUCUCAAGGAGCUGUCCUUCUGGGUUAGGCGAGAGGGCCCCAUAGAUCAGCUCUCUCUCUGCGUCGUCGUCUUAACACAUCACAAAUAAUAUUCCCUCCAAGACGAGAAAGAAGAAUAUUUCACGGCUUACGGUGGGCCUCUAGCCCGGAGCAAGCCUUGUUGAGCCUGACAGGGGCUGUAGGACAGACAGACGGACGCCCAAGCAGGUUUGGGCAUGGAUAGGAUUUGCGCCACUUAGUGAUUUCCAAAUGGCACCAGUUUGAUGUCCUAAGACUCCUGCUCUCCUUGCUGAAAAUCGGAGUCAGGAAGCUUUUAUGAGAAGGUCUGCCCCGUUUUUCGCAUCAUUUUCGGGAGCCUCCGCUCAUGCAAAUAGUUGUGAGAGGAGGAGAAAGAAGCUUUGGAUUACUAUUAUUUUUUUGUUACGUGCCCAAGAACGGCGCUGCCCGUUCUCGAUCUCUGCCAUUCCUUUGAGGCCGCAGCGGUGAGAGAGAAUUUAAGAUACGUUGUGGGGGAAGCGCUAAAAAUGGAGGAAGUCCCCGCAGGUGGAAAACCAGAAUAUCUCUCUUUGCUCAAUUUCUGCAUGCAGGGAUUUGUUUCGGGGCGACCAGGGGAAACACUGAAAUGUUGACUCCAGGGGGAAAGAGGGUGCUUUUCUUGGAAGUCUGGAUCGGUUGAGGACUUUGGGGCUGCGUAUGUUUUUUUUAUGCUCGCCUGCUACUCAUUCGUGUCUCAAACACCAACCUACCUGAGCUAGACUAGGAAGGCCUUUGGCCUUGUCCCCGGGGAACUGCUGAAAAUCAGAGCCAGGAAUCUUUUACGAGAAGGUCUGCGCCAGAAUGCAAGCUUCCCCAUUCAGCAGUGACCGGAUGCCCUUUUCUUCUCUUCCAGCGGUUGGCUUGCGGCCGUGACGUUCUUUGGCACGAGCGUCGGCGCUGCCGUCAUCAUGCUCAUCCCGGCGAUCAUGUUCACGUUUUCAGCACUUGUGAUGCUGGUUUGCCUUCUGCGGGUAAGCCAGGUUUCGUUUAAAUUGCUGUUACGGAAACGGUUGUUUUUCUCCUUCCAAUAAAGCAGAGCGGAAAAGUUGCCUAAAUGUAAACAGUUAACGUGUUAAACCUCACAAUCACUUCAUAGUAAAUUACGUAUUUCUAGUGAAGGUAAAGGGACGCGGGUGGCGCUGUGGGUAAAACUUCAGCGCCUAGGGCUUGCCGAUCGCAAGGUCGGCGGUUCGAAUCCCCGCGGCGGGGAUAGCUCCCGUCUUUCGGUCCCUGCUCCUGCCCACCUAGCAGUUCGAAAGCACGUCAAAGUGCAAGUAGAUAAAUAGGUCCCGCUUUGUAGGUAAACGGCGUUUCCGUGUGCUGCGCUGGUGCUGGCUUGCCAGAGCAGCUUCGUCACGCUGGCCACGUGACCCGGAAGUGUCUGCGGACAGCGCUGGCCCCCGGCCUCUUAAGUGAGAUGGGCGCACAACCCUAGAGUCUGGCAAGACUGGCCCGUACGGGCAGGGGUACCUUUUAGUAAAGGUAAAGGGACCCCUGACCAUUAGGUCCAGUCGUGGCCGACUCUGGGGUUGCGGCGCUCGUCUCGCUUUACCGGCCGAGGGAGCCGGCGUACAGCUUCCGGGUCAUGUGGCCAGCAGGACUAAGCCGCUUCUGGCGAACCAGAGCAGCGCACAGAAACGCCGUUUCCCUUCCCGCCGGAGCGGUACCUAUUUAUCUACUUGCACUGGUGUGCUUUUGAACUGCUAGGUUGGCAGGAGCAGGGACUGAGCAACGGGAGCUCACCCCGUCAUUGCGGGGAUUCGAACUGCCGACCUUCUGAUCGGCAAGCCCAAUAGGCUCAGUGGUUUAACCCACAGCGCCACCCGCGUCCCACGUAUUUCUAGUAGUACCACCAAAUCAGCAAUUUUUGAUAUAGCUGUGAAAACUGCUCUGAAAAUGUAUGAUUCCAAAAAUGCAACCUUCACCUGCUUGUAAAUGUGAAGAUUUAUACCAGCAAGGAUGAGUCUUUCUGUAAAAAUAUAUAUGAUUUAAUUCAAGUCUUACCGACUAGAGUCUGACUGGGGUUGGGGCAUGCACAAAAGGGUGUGUGUGUGCGCCAUAGCUGUCAACUUUUCCCUUUUCUUGUGAGGAAUCCUAUUCAGAAUAAGGGUAAAGGGACUCCUGACCGUUAGGUCCAGUCAUGGCCGACUCUGGGGUUGCAGCACUCAUCUCGCUUUACUGGCUGAGGGAGCCGGCGUACAGCUUCUGGUCAUGUGGCCAGCAGGACUAAGCCGCUUCUGGCGAACCAGAGCGGCGCCCGGAAACACCGUUUACCUUCCCACCGGAGUGGUACCUAUUGAUCUACUUGUACUGGCGUGCUUUUGAACUGCUAGGUUGUCAGGAGCAGGGACCGAGCAACGGGAGCUCACCCCAUCGUGGGGAUUCGAACCGCCGACCUUCUGAUCGGCAAGCCCUAGGCUCCGUGGUUUAACCCACAGUGCCACAAUUUCCCUUAAAAAAAGGGAAACGUUGACAGCCAUGGUGUGUGCAAUCGCACGCGCUAUUUUUAGCUGGUAACGGGGAAUAUUCCGUAGUUCUCGGCACUUCCCGGAAGCGCUGUCCGUGGGGUUUUGAGUUUGAGAUGCUCCCGUUUUGACCUGCCUUUUAAACUCCCCUCCCUCUCUGAAAUCAGGUCCACCGGCUGUACCGCGGCGGCGGCGGAAGCUUCCAGAAAGCUCAGGAUGAGUGGCAGACCGGGUCGUGGCGGGACCCCCCGAGCCGGGAAGCUCAAUUCAGCAACUUCUCUGGGAACAGUCUCCCUGAGUACCCGACCGUCCCCAACUACCCUCCCGGAGGCAGGUGGCCGUGA